AUGCAAUCCAGCAAUUCUCAAGCACCCACCCAGAGCUAUUCGCAGCUCAGCCGAAGGCGGCAAUUCUCCUCUCAUGUCAGGAAAUUCGUCUCUUCCACAAGCAAACCUCGUACAUAUAGCAAUCAGCCCAUGGCCGACAGAUAUAUUCUACGUGUAACGGCAGGCCCAAGCUACGAUGCCGCCACCCACGUCGAGGUGCCGGUGAAUCAGCCCGAGCCAAUCCGAAUCCAGGGCCACAGUGCACAUGUUGAGCUGAAUAUCAGAAUUCGAGGCUAUGGCGGUUUGCCCUUGGGGUCGCCCGCCACAUCUCCCUACUUUGAGACGGAGCCGCACGCAAAGAACAACGACCAGUACAGCAUCUCCUUUAGAUUUAAGCCUCUGAAGCCCGCCGCAGGAAGUGAUGAGAGUGUCGUGAGCGACGAUAGCGACGCCAGCGCGGGGCCGAAACCAGAGGGCAUCAACGGCCACGACCUCCAGUUCGGCAAUGACUUUGAUCGCCCAAUUCGAGACAAGUUGCCCCCCGGCUUCAACACCGCCAUGGGCAUUGUUCGGUGGUGGAUCGACCCCGGCUUGGAUGGAGACGCCUACGCCGAUAGACCCUACUUGUAUGGCCCUGCAUUGAGCUCUUUUAAUUCCAUUCAUCUCGGCCCUGGGGACUAUGCGGAGGAGAAGGGUGGCCUCUGGUUCGAAGAAGGGGGCGACGAGGAAGGAAUGGAGGUCCGCCAGGCCAUUGGCGCGCCCGUGGACAGCAAGGCUCGUAUGAAGUGGGCGUUGAAGGAUGACAGCAAAAGCAAAUGGGUCUUCGAGUAUGGAAAAUCAUAUGGGUUAGACUUUUUCAAUCCCUACCUCGAUUUCACCAACUUGGCUCUAAAUCUGCCUGGCUUCCAGCUGCCAAUCGUCAAGUACUGGGAUGGUCAGGGUCUCAGGCGGUCGCACGAACUUAGAUACGUCCUGCGUAACAAGCAAACAGCAGAGGCGUACCUAGUCGUCGUAUUUACAAUCUAUCUUCGAGAAGACGUCAACGAGGAUGGCACGCUUAAAGAGGGCGCCGCUGAUAGGGUCGCGGAAAGGGCAAGCAAUAAUGAAUCUAGACACGAAGGGCAUGACGAGGCGCAGGUUUUACAACAAGCCAAAGAGGAAUCAGCGCCCGGUAGCGGGGUUGGGGAAACAACAAGUCCAGAUGAUGUCGAUUGA